AUGACCAAACUGAUCAAUGUGAUCAAUAGCAUCGCAAAGGACGAAUAUGUACUGCUGUUCGUCCAGUUUGAAGACCUGAUGGUGAUCGUCUCUCGUGCCCUGGCUGCGGCCGACAUCAGCCACCGCAUGGCGCGGCAGACCAACCCAGCUGCGAUCAGAGACUUCACCAAACCCACGGCCGCAAAGCCGCGGCCCAAGGUCCUGAUGCUGCAAUUGGGAAGUGCAAUGGCGGCUGGGCUAAAUCUUCAGUGCGCAAAUCAUGUCAUCUUUCUGUCGCCAUUGCACGCGCCAACUCAGCAUGACUACGAGGCUGGCAUGACACAGGCGAUUGGGAGAGUCCGCCGCUUCGGACAGGAGAAGUCCGUACACGUUUACCACAUGCUUGUUCCACAGACUGCGGAAGUCAAUAUCUACCAGGGCCGGCACGGGGGACUCCUUGUCCAGCGGGAUGAUCGAUUGGUGGUGGUGCCCACUGCCACCCGUCAAGCAGCGGAUCUUCUUCUGGAAGGACCGCCGCUGACAUGGGCGCAGUGA